GCGUGCAGACGCAGAGGCGCGGCGGAAGAGGUGGGGAGAGCUAAGAUGGCGUACCAGACCUUCCGGCAGGAGUACCUGCAGGUGCCGCCCGUGACGCGCGCCUACACCACGGCCUGCGUCCUUACCACCGCCGCCGUGCAAUUAGAACUAAUCACACCCUUUCAGCUGUACUUCAACCCUGAGCUAAUAUUUAAGCACUUUCAAGUAUGGAGGUUAAUCACCAACUACUUAUUCUUUGGACCAGUUGGCUUUAAUUUUUUAUUUAACAUGAUCUUUUUAUACCGUUACUGCCGAAUGCUUGAAGAAGGCUCUUUUCGAGGUCGGACGGCAGAUUUUGUGUUUAUGUUCCUUUUUGGAGGACUUUUAAUGACUCUUUUUGGCCUGUUUGUAAACUUGGUUUUCUUGGGCCAGGCGUUCACAAUAAUGCUCGUGUACGUGUGGAGCCGCAGGAAUCCCUAUGUCCGUAUGAACUUUUUUGGUCUUCUCAUCUUUCAAGCCCCAUUUCUACCCUGGGUAUUGAUGGGCUUUUCACUGCUGCUGGGGAACUCCAUCAUUGUGGAUCUUCUGGGCAUUGCUGUUGGGCAUAUAUAUUUUUUCUUAGAGGAUGUCUUUCCCAAUCAGCCUGGUGGUGGGAAGCUUCUGAGAACGCCGUCUGUCCUCAAAGCAAUAUUUGAUACACCAGAAGAUGAUCCUAAUUACAAUCUUUUGCCAGAAGAACGACCAGGAGGAUUUGCAUGGGGAGAAGGAGUACUAAAACCGCUUUGGGCAGUGUUGCUUUAUGAGUUGGAUCAAAACCUUUUUUUACUUCAGUGUUUAAGAGCUGGUGAGGUGUAAGGAAGUGGUGAUGGAGAGAAGAGACACCCCUGCUGCUGGGAUAAAACCUUCUGUAAAUCUAGAACCUGACUGUGGAGUAGUGUUGUGCUCUUGCCUGAGGGUGGCUGCUCAAAUCAUGUGCUGGUAAGAUCACUUGUCCUUGCUCUGCCAAAGCUGCUUUCCCUUACACGCUGCCUUUCACUCUGGUAGAGUAAGAUAGUACUCUUCUCUUUACAGAGUAAUGCCAUAGCAUCCACACAGCUGCAUCUGGGAGGAACUUUUAAGUGUUCUUACUUGUAUCACAGGACAAAAUGGACUAUUGCUGGCAGGUUACUGCCUCACCUGGGCUUUAAUUGCCCUUGAAACCACUCUUGGGCAGCCUGUCCCACAAAGAAGUGUUUUUUAAAUACCAGACUCCUCUUUGGAGGGUGUAUCCUCAGCUGUUUGGGAUGUUGGAGGUUACUUCAUAGCAUUAUAGAAUACCAGGUUGGAGAGCCCUCAGGGAUCAUCUGAUCCAACCUUUCUUUCAAAGCAUGACCCAGACUAGAUGUCCCAGCACCCUGUCCAGCCGAAUCUUAACAGUAGCCAACCUUGGGGAAUCCAGCACUUUCCUGGGAAGGUUAUUCCAGUGGCCGAUUGCUCUGUGGAAAAUUUCCCUCUUGUGUCCAUUUGGAAUCUCCCCAGAAGUAACUCAUACCCAUCACCCUUCAUCUUUUCCUGGGACUCCUUGUAGAAAGGGAGUCUCCAUCUUUUCUGUAGACCCACUUUCAAUACUGGAACAUGGUGAUGAGGUCUCCCCCGAGCCUUCUUUUUAGCAGGCUGAACAAACCCAGUUCUCAGCCAUUCCUCGCAUGGCUGCCCAGUCCUUGGAUCAUCUCUGUGGCUCUUCUCUGGACUCUCCAGCCCGUCCUCCUCUUUUUUGUAGAGUGGGGACCAGAACUGAGCACAGCAUUCCAGGGGCAGCCUGGCAAGGGCCGGGUACAGCUUCGUGCCAACAGCUCGUAAGCGGGGAUGCCGUAGGUGUCAACCCCGCCUCUCUAAGACGCUACCUGCAGCUCAUCUGCACCUCU